GUAGAGCAAAAAAGGCGCUGCUCUCCGAACCACAUUUCCCAACGUUCCCCAUUACAUGACGUCAUAAUUCUGCGUCGGUGAUUGUUUUGAAACGUUGGAAGAUAACGCGUUGGAAGCAGGUUAACUAUCCAUAAGAAUGUUUAUGCCAAGAGCCCUGAAGGUGAAAAGACCUGCCCAGGUUUCAAGGCAAGUUUUGAAUAAGAAAAGCAAGGUAGAUCAGGAGGAGAGGAAAGAUGAAGGUACUUCAGUGACACCUGUUCAGAAGGAGGAAGCAUGUGAAGACACCAACACACAGGAUGAGACACAAGCAGCUGGAGACUCUGCAGGGUUGACAGAGAGCUCAGUGCGUGAGGAUGGACAUAAGUCAAGUGCCUCAAGUGACACAGAUGAUGAGGAGGAGGAAGAGGAAGAGGAGGAACCUGUCAAAUCCUUCAAGAAGAGCCAAAGGUGGCCCGAGCCAGGGGAGCCUGUGUGUGUAAUGUGUGGUCGCUAUGGGGAGUACAUUUGUGACAGCACAGACAAUGAUGUUUGCAGUCUUGAGUGCAAAGCCAAACACUUGGCACAAAUGGGGAUGGGCACCGGGGCAGAUGUGUUCACCCGUAAGGACACAAAUGAAGGUGAAAGGACUCAACAGCCAACAGCUGACACUGGUGGAGUGAAUGAAAGUGAGGCCGGCUAUUCCUACAAGGAGGAUCGGUUCAUAUCAGGCCUCACAGAUGAGCAGGUGCAACGAAUUAAACAGGAGCUGGGCAUUGAAACCCAGGGGAGAGACGUUAGGAGACCCAUCGUUGAGUUUGAACACUGCGGCUUCCCUGCCACGCUAAGUGGCAACCUGAAAAAGGCCGGCUAUGAGGCACCCACGCCGGUCCAGAUGCAGAUGGUCCCUGUUGGUCUCAGUGGCAGGGAUGUGAUUGCCAGCGCUGACACAGGCUCAGGGAAGACUGUAGCUUUCCUGCUGCCAGUGGUAGUGAGGGCACUGGAGAAGCCAGCACACAGUGUGGGCAGCCCUGUGGCUCUCAUCCUGACCCCCACCAGGGAGCUGGCCAUUCAGAUAGAGAGACAGGCCAAGGAGCUUGUGAUGGGCCUCCCCAACAUGAGGACCGCACUGCUGGUGGGCGGCAUGCCGCUUCCCCCACAACUCCACCGCCUCAAAAGCAGCAUCAAAAUUAUCAUAGCCACCCCAGGACGACUCCUGGAGAUCCUGAAGCAGAGGGCAGUGCAGCUGGACAAAGUGAAGGUCGUGGUGGUUGACGAGGUCGACACUAUGUUGAAGAUGGGCUUCCAGCAGCAGGUACUGGAGGUUUUGGAACAAGUCCCCGAAGAACACCAGACUCUGCUGGCGUCGGCCACCAUCCCAACAGGGACGGAGGAGCUGGCUGCCCGAUUGGUCCGUGACCCCAUCCGUAUUGCUAUUGGAGAGAAGAAUCAGCCCUGUGCCAACGUGAGGCAGAUCCUGUUAUGGGUAGAGGAACCCUCCAAGAAGAAGAAGCUGUUUGAGAUUCUUAAUGACAGCAAGCUGUACCAGCCCCCGGUGGUUGUGUUUGUAGACUGUAAACUGGGGGCUGAUCUGCUGUGCGAGGCGGUCGCCAAGGUGACAGGCCUCAAUACUGUGGCAAUCCACUCCGACAAGAGCCAGUGGGAACGCAACCGCAUCCUCAGGGGUCUUUUGGAUGGAGACUUUGAAGUGGUGAUCAGUACAGGUGUGUUAGGAAGAGGACUGGACCUAGUUAACGUCAGAUUGGUGGUUAACUUUGACAUGCCAAACACAAUGGAUGAGUAUGUCCAUCAGAUGGGCAGGGCAGGUCGGCUGGGACACAGAGGAACAGCCAUCACCUUUCUCAACAACAAUAAUAAGCGGCUGUUCCUGGAGGUGGUGAAGCGGGUCAAACCCACAGGGUCCAUCCUGCCCCCUCAGCUCCUUAAUUCACCUCACCUCCAUGAGCAGCAGAGAAGGGAGAGACAAAAGGCCAAGCAGGGGCCUGAUGAAACGCUGGUCACCAAGAACAACCUCAUUGACAUCAUAAGGAAACACGACCGUCGCAAGAAAUAGCCUUAUCUUUCAAUCAUUCCUGUUAUGGUUCUGUCUAUUUAUUGAGUAAAUGCUAAAUGUUUAUUUUGUAUAGUGUUUUAUUAAAAAAUAAACUUUGAGGUCUCAUA